AUGUCUUUUUCUUUUGCAGCAUGGGUCGGCUCAAUUGCGAUGUCAGGUUGCGGUCUUUUCGGUCCUUUAUCCGGGAGAUUGACAAAUCACUUUGGUGCCCGUAUUGUUGUCGCCAGUGGCUCGCUCUUGAGCGCAAGUGGUCUUCUAUUGACAUCUUUAGUUCCGAGUUUAUUUCUAAUGUUCCUUACGUAUGGUGGAAUUUUCGGGUUUGGUUUUAGCUUAGUUUUCAUUGCCGUUUUCGAGAUAGUUCCCCGAUAUUUUGUGAAAUAUCGCUCCAUGGCAACCGGAAUUAUUGCUAUGAGCACUGGAGGUGCUUUGGUGGUGAUGACUCCAGUAUGCGAGGCUUUGUUAAGGGCAUUUGGUUGGAGAGGGACGUUUGGCGGACUGGGUUGCUUAGUUUUUAUAGUUUUCUUUAUAAGCUGGCUCAUUGAUCCUAACGUGGCGAGUGAUGAAGCUCAUACGGUAGUUGAGCACGGUAAAGAAUCCAAUGACAAACACAAGAAAAAAAUACUGGAUUUGUCAAUGUGGAAAAAUAAAAGUUUUGCAAUCCUCACACUUUCGCAUUGUGUUAUCUAUAUUGGACAUUACGUGGUACCACUUCAUUUGGUAAGCAUACUUUGACUUUAACUCUUGAUGCUUUUAUUGUAACAUAAUGCCUUUGCUUGGCAGCAGCAAUUUCUUUCUUCUUGCCGGAAAAGUACUCUCAAACUGUGCCAAGCUUUCACGGUCGCGAAAAAUAAAACAUGAAGAAAAGCGAAAAUAACACGCGCCCAAAUUAGCCACCUUAGAAACGAUUAGGGUAAAACACCGGCCGGUAGUUCACAAGAGUGGUCACCUUUGCUAAGACAGCAUUUCUUUACAGAGUUUAAGUCACAGCAAAAGGGGAUAAAGGUCCUUUCUUGGUCACAGUUCAUACAGGGUUUCAUAAAGUUUGUCGCUUUUAAGAGUGAUCGCUUCGUGUACACUAAUCUAAGGCCGCUUAUGUUUAUGCUUAACUGUUAAAGAUUUAGACAGUUUAACACUAUAUAGAAUGGAGGAGGUGUUGUGUUUUCUUCGCUUGGCUCGGCCACUUAGCUGGGCUAGUGUCUGUCUAAGUGACUGUGCUCUUUUUAUCUUUAAAUACUAAAUAUUAAAUUACUAUGCUUUUUCUAUACGUAUUUGUCUAUCAAGGGCGCUAAUAAAGAUUGUUUUCGUUGUUCGUUGUUGAGUGAACCCAUGAACUAACUUGGACCCGACUUCGUUUCAAUCGUCGAGCUUUUUAUGUCUUAAAUCUAAUGCAUAAGUAAUUAUCAAUACUUUAAUUCAUUUUGAGCGGUAAACAUGUUGUAUCAUUUGGGUCGACCCAAAUAAGUAUAAAAGUUCGUUCAUGUUCGGUUCAUGGGCCUAAGAGAACCCUCAUCCAAUUACUCUAAUCUGCACUCUAAUAUUUCCCUUAUAUUUCUCCAAGGCAAAAUAUUGUGAAGAUCUUGGUAUUGAAGAGGACAGGGUAGUUUGGCUUUACAUGUGCAUUGGACUGGUAUCACUUCUAGCCAGGUUACCGGGCUCUAAGCUUUGUGAAGUCAUCAGUCCACAGAGAGUAUUUUUCAUGUUUGCAAUUCUCAGUGCAUUAUCUGCUCUGGUGUUACCUUUGGCAACUACUUUGAUCCGAUUUAUCUGUUACGCAUCAGUUUACGGCCUUGCUGAUGGAAUGAUGGCAAUCGGAGGGAUUCUGUCAUGCUUUCAGGCACUUACACCUAAGCAAAAAGCCCAAGGCUUUGGUUUUUAUCAAUUCUUCAUCUGUUCUGCCUAUCUAUGUGGACCACCAAUUGGAGGUAAGCUACCGUGA